CUCUGACAGAGAGACGGGGAGGAGAGCAGAGGCUCAGAGCAGGCUGUGGGAUUUAUCGGUGUUAACGGAGAGUUUCUGCUUCACGCUGACGUUAAAUCAAAGAGGAAGAAGAUCAGUCUUAACGGUUCUCUAAAUCUCUGCAGCAGCUCCAUCCAUCAUGGUUCCACUCCUGCAGCUGAUGUGAGGCAGAUCGGGGUCUUAGGACUGAGUCGUCGUUUCUCCUCCGUCACCUGAAGCUAAGAGUCAUUAAACAGAGCUGAGUGGAACCCAGGAACAAUAGCUGCUGUUAUGCAAAAGGGACAGGGCAAGGUUUCAGCUGGGGGCUCAGCCAUGGAGGGGGACUGCCUCAGCUGUAUGAAGUACCUCAUGUUCAUCUUUAACUUCUUCAUCUUUCUCGGGGGCUCCUUCCUGCUCGGGGUGGGGGUCUGGGUCCUGGUGGACCCGAUGGGCUUCAGGGAGAUCGUGGCGGCGAACCCGCUGCUGUUUACGGGCGUCUACGUCAUCCUGGCGAUGGGCGGCAUGCUGUUCCUGCUGGGCUUCCUGGGCUGCUGCGGAGCCAUCCGGGAGAACAAAUGUCUGCUGCUCUUUUUCUUCAUGCUGAUCCUCUUCAUCUUCCUGGCUGAGCUGGCGGCCGCCAUCCUCGCCUUCCUCUUCAGGGAACACUUAACCAGGGAGUACUUCAGUCGCGAGCUCAAACGCCACUAUCGGGGUCACAACAACACUGACGUCUUCUCCACCACCUGGAACGCCAUCAUGACCACGUUCGACUGUUGUGGCGUCCGCGGCCCCGAGGACUUUGAAGAGAGUCUUUUUCAUCAUCUGAACCCGUCCCAGCUCGUCCCUGAGGCGUGCUGUCAGAGGAGCAGCUACAUCAGCGUGGAGCAGUGUGUGAGCGGAGGAAUAAGCUUCAGACACAACAAGGGCUGUUACUCAGCCAUGGUGGAAUACUUUGAGUCGUACAUUUACACGGCCGGAGCCCUCGCCAUCGUGGUGCUGACAAUUGAACUCUUCGCCAUGGUGUUCGCCAUGUGUCUGUUCAGAGGAAUCCAGUGACGCCGCGUCCUCCUGACUCACCCUGACUGGCCGUCUGCCGGCUGAAGAAGCUGUAAAAUAGGAACGGUGUUUGUACAGUGGUCGUUCACGUGUCUCUUGUUGGUUUAGUGACAUCGUUUUGUACCUCACAGCAGCAGAGGAGCCAACGCUCCGUCUGCUUCAGGCACGGCGUCACAAACAGCCACCUGGAGGGGUCUGUCCUGUACAUAGGAGCUCCGAUGGACAAGCUGAAGACUGGUAGUUGGUGUCUUAGAUUGAAAUAACUGCUGGAUUUUUAGCCAGGUACACCCUGGAUUUAGUGGUGAUAUUUGGUCUUCAUGGUGGCGGCGUCUGCUCCAGAAAGUUCAGGUAGAAUUAGCACGAUAUAUCUCAGAGAGCCUCAGACUGUCACUGCCACAUACAGUGUUUCUAACUGUGAACAAGUUUCAUGUUUCUAGUUUUUUAUCUGGGAAUUUGGCCCCGCCCAGUUUCAGCUGCACAUCGCUGUUCUUAAAGUUUCUAAAUAUGAAGGUAAAUACUAAAUCACUCAUUACUGGCUCAAUGAAAAAAACGCCAUCUAGCACGCCAGACAGCCUUUGUCACGUUUAUUUCACAUCCAUAGACAGGGUUUGGAAAGGACAGAACCUUUCAAAAUAAAACUCAGAGUGUGAUUGGAUGAUAAUUCUCUCUGUUACAUUAAUUAUGGACCAAUCAGGCCAAAGUCCAAACAUCUGGUCCACCAAGAAUCCUCCAGUCUGGUCCUCUACUCCUCUUAAAUCCAGAGAUGUGGUCCAGCUCUGAUCUAACUGCUGCUACAGCUGCGUCCAUGCUCACCUCUUCACCCGCCGCCAUCAUUUACAGGACCGGAGCCGCCUCAUCUAAACCACGCCCACAGCUACCACCUCUUUCUCCUUAAAUGAUGCUGAUUGGUCCGGUCGUUCUCUGACCAGGAACAAGCCAAUCAGCUUAAAGCUUUGCUAGAUGACUGUAAAUCAGGCAUGUUCACUCUGAUUAUUCCACAAGUCUUGAAUUGAACCAUGUGAACCCCCAGUCCAGUCCAGAAUCCUCCUAAGGAGAAAACUCUGGUCUUAAGCGGGGCCAGACGUCACUGAUCAUUCUUUUUAAGAAGCUCUUUGUCUAAAAACACCUCACAGUGAUCAGAAGUUUGUGCUGGACCUAGUGUAGGUUCUCUUUAAGGUAUUUAUUUACUGUUGAGUGUUUAACUAUGACCUGUUUAUAUGUAAAUAAUGGGUCUGUUAGAGUUCAGUGUCAUAAUUAUAAUGAUUUAUAAUAAACCCUCUCAGUGGUUUAUUUACUUCAUGAUCAUGACCGUGUUUUUAAACCUUCAUUUGUAUUUACAGACUUUGUUGAUAUAAAAUUAAUUUUUGUGAUUUCGGGGGUUUGUGUUCAUGUUUUAUAAACGUUUUUCAUCACUUGUGAUAUUCUUACAUGUAUUUAAGUAUGACCAGUAUUCACCAGUUUGUUUUAUAUUAAACCGA